AUGCCUGCUGAUGCGAAUGACACCGUGUGCCCUCAGCUGGAUGCAGCGGUCCAUGUGGCCAUGACCCUUGAUGAUUCCUUACCUCCGUGGGCUCCAUGGCAGCGGUCCACUCCUCCUGCCCCCAGAACAUCGCCUUCCAUUUCACCUCCUCCGGUGCGGCUUCCUCCACCUUGCCCUCUCUCCUUGCCACCAUUGUCUCUUCCCUCCUUCCCCUACCUGAAUGACCUCUCCACCCUCCUCACCCCGUGCGUUCACAAGGUAGUCUACCUUGACUCUGACACGCUCCUAGUGGACGACAUAGCCGAUCUUGCUGCUACGCCGUUGAGGAUCGUACUGGCAGCACCUGAGUACCGCAGUGCGAACUUCACGUCCUACUUCACCCAAGCAUUCUGGGCGAGCCCCAAGCUCUCCUUAACCUUCUCCGACCGGAAGGGGGGCCCGUGCUAA